AUGGAUAGCGAUCGGGAAGUGGACGAUGUGCAGUCGCCGUCCGACGGUUCGGAUGGCGACGCACCUCAGCAGACAGACUCAGGUACACACCUGAGUCGAAUCUCCAACAUGAGCCUGCCGGAGUCGGAAGCCGGCGAUGGCACGGCUGAAAAUGCUGAUGACUCUAGCAAAAAUGAGGUGGAGCUGCCUGAGGGAUGGGUGAGACAGGGGAAGGGGCUUAUGCUCGAUGUGCCGAUCACGCCCCGAAUGAGAGCCUCUGAGCGCAACAAAUUGCAACCGCCACACUUCAAAUUCACCCCUGAUACCAAUAAUCGCUCGGCAGGGCAACUGCAGACAGCGCUGCUUCAUAUCGAUCGCGAUGCAGUGCGAAGGAUGAAGAACGAGCAGAACGUCAGGGUUAGGGCAGCGAGGCCUUCAAGUGACAGCCAUGAGGCAUAUCCCAACUCGUCAAUGAGAGGACGUGGAACUUCGAUACGCUGCACAAGGUCGCUUAGAGAUUCUCAGCACACGCCGUCCCCAAUCAGCAACGCUAAAGACGAGGAACAAUUUAAUCGCAAAAUCGCUAUCAUGAAAAGCGAGCAUGAACGCCAGCUUAUAGAGGCUAAGCGGCAGGUGCUGGAGCAUGUGGACGUUCUAGUCAAGAAGUAUCGGCAACUGGCAAUAGAUGCCGUGAAGGUGGCGAGAGAGGAGCAAAAGAAGGCCGAGGCCGAACGCCGGAACACGUUCGAGGCAUGUGCACGGUACGAGGCGGAGCUGAAGGCUAACGUACGGGCGGAACAAGAGCGCAUUGCGGCCGAAAGGGACGCAUUACAAAGAAGAUGCGCUGACAUGACGCCUAAGGCGGAAGCGUGGAAACCAGCGCUCGAUCGCAUCACGGCGCAGCUCGCCGCGAAAUUCAAAGACAACCAAAGGUUCACCAUAGGGAUCAUAGACGACACACGUGAUAUGGUGAGUUAUGGGCUAAUACGAAUAGAAAAACCGCAGAUUAUUGACGAAUUUCACGCCUUCAAGUCAUCCACGGCAGAGCUCAUGGUACAAAAGUUUGUGGCCAACGGCUGCGACCUGCAAAAUCAGGAGGCCGAACAGUUCGUGGAACACGUGCUGAUGGCCAGCGGCGUUAUGUCAUGGUAG